AUGGUGGACCGGUGGAGCAGUGUAGUUUUUCUUUGUUCAGUAUUUCUCUUGCUGUUUGGUGCGACAUUGGGACAGCAAUUCUCAGUUCCAUUACAAGAAAGAUUUGCUCUGCUUCAACUGAGAUCUUCAUUAGGGUUGAGAGCCAGAGAAUGGCCCAUAAAAUCUGACCCGUGUACCAACUGGGUUGGUAUCCAAUGCCUGAAUGGUCGGGUCACGGGGAUCAACAUAUCUGGGUUCAGGAGGACUCGAAGGGGGAGUCAAAACCCUCAAUUCUCUGUCGAUGCCCUCCAGAAUUUGACCCUUUUAUCCUCUUUUAAUGCCUCGAAUUUUGCUCUCCCGGGGUCAAUUCCGGAAUGGUUAGGCCUGCGGCUUGGCGGGCUACGAGUGCUUGAUCUUAGGUCUUGUUUGAUUACUGGUGCUAUUCCGUUCACUCUUGGAAAUUUGACUAGUUUAACUGAACUGUAUUUAUCUGAUAACAAUCUUACUGGGAUAGUUCCAUUGAGUUUAGGUCAGUUAUCAAGCCUUGCCGUGCUUGGUCUUUCGCAGAAUUUGCUUACUGGUUUGAUUCCCGAGUCUUUUUCCUCACUGGGGAACCUUACUUUACUUGAUAUGUCUUUGAAUUUAUUGUCCGGGGCAGUUCCUCUGGGCAUUGGGACUUUGUCUAGGCUGCAGUUCUUGAAUCUUUCACAAAACAGUUUGUCUUCUUCAAUACCUGCCCAACUUGGUGAUCUUUCUAGCCUGGUUGACCUUGAUCUUGGAUUUAAUUUGCUAUCUGGUUCAGUGCCUCCAGAUUUUGGAGGGUUGAAAAACUUGCAGAGAUUGGUUAUUGGGAACAAUUUCCUGUCAGGAUUGUUGCCAGAUAAUUUGUUUCCUCCUCUGACUCAUUUGCAAUUUGUGGUUUUGAGCCAUAAUAAUUUUAGUGGUGAUUUCCCGGAUGUGCUUUGGUCCAUGCCUGAAUUGCAAUUUCUGGACGCCUCUGAAAAUAACUUCACCGGUAGACUGCCCAAUGUCAGUUUGAAAGCUAAUGCUAGUUUUGCUGUUUUUAACAUUUCUCAGAAUUUGUUUUAUGGAAGUCUUACCUCUGUGAUUAUGAGGUUCAUUUCUAUUGAUAUGUCGAGCAAUUAUUUUCAAGGUCAGGUUCCAGAUUAUGCACAGGGCAAGACAUCUCUUAGUCUCAAUUGCCUUCAAAAUAUAACAAGGCAGAGGGGUGCAGGAGAAUGUGCAUCAUUUUAUGCUGCCAGGGGUUUAGUAUUUGAUAAUUUUGGACUGCCGAACAGCACCCAACCUCCCCCUGCCAAAUCUGAAAAGAAAAGCCACAAAACAUUGAUUAUUUUAGCAGCUGUUUUGGGAGGUAUUGGAGUAAUUGCAUUACUCGUAAUAUUGAUUGUACUGCUGAUUGUAUGCAUGCGCAAGAAUGGUUCGACAAACCAAAGAGGCACUGCCACGGGCCCUAUUCCUGCAGGUGAAAGUCCUCUGCCUCCUGGAGUGUCCUUGAAUUUUUCAAGUCUAGGAGAUUCAUUUAUAUAUCAGCAGAUUCUCCAAGCCACGGCUGAAUUCAGCGAUGCAAAUCUAAUCAAGCAUGGCCAUUCUGGGGAUCUUUUCCGUGGUAUCCUUGAAGGCGGAAUCCCAAUAGUCAUCAAGAAGGUUGAUUUGCAAUCAUCAGUCAAAAAGGAAAGUUACAUGUUAGAACUGGACCUUUUUGGCAGGGUUUCUCAUCCCAGAUUGGUCCCUCUCUUAGGUCACUGCUUGGAGAAUGAGAACGAAAAGUUUCUGGUCUACAAAUAUAUGCCUAAUGGAGACCUAUCAAGUUCUUUGUUUAAGAAACCGGAUUCAGAUGACGACAGUUUACAGUCACUGGAUUGGAUAACAAGACUGAAAAUUGCAAUUGGGGCUGCUGAGGGUCUGUCUUACCUACACCAUGAGUGUACCCCUCCACUUGUUCACAGGGAUGUCCAAGCAAGCAGCAUACUCCUUGACGAUAAAUAUGAAGUACGGUUAGGAAGCUUGAGUGAGGUUUGCCCUCAAGAAGGAGACAAUCAUCAAAAUAGAAUCACAAAGUUGUUGCGACUGCCACAGACAUCAGACAAAGGUACUUCAGGUGUGCCUAAUGCAACAUGUGCUUAUGAUGUCUAUUGCUUCGGAAAGGUAUUACUUGAGCUUGUUACAGGCAAGCUCGGUAUUAGUUCCUCAACUGAUGCCACCACAAAGGAGUGGUUGGAAGCAUCCCUUCCAUACAUCAGUAUAUACGACAAGGAACUCGUCACAAACAUUGUCGACCCGUCAUUAAUUAUAGAUGAGGAUCUUCUUGAGGAAGUGUGGGCAAUGGCAAUUGUUGCUAGGUCUUGCCUUAAUCCCAAGCCUACGAGGCGGCCUCUAAUGAGAUAUAUUCUUAAAGCUUUGGAAAAUCCUUUGAAGGUGGUGCGGGAAGAAAACUCAGGUUCUGCACGGCUUAGAACAACAUCUUCCCGAGGAUCGUGGAAUGCCGCUUUAUUUGGCAGCUGGCGGCACAGCUCUUCCGAUGUGGCGGCUGUGCCAGCUGCCCCUUCUAACAAAGUGGAAGGAACAAGUAGUUUUAAACAGUCGGGAACUACAGGUUCCCAGGGAAGUGGUCAUAACGGUGAUGGGAAUGGUCAUUCGUCAUCAACUAGACGGUAUUCCAAGGAGAUUUUCCCCGACCCUAUGGAUGACGGGACGUAG